AUGUCUCCGAAACAUUACCAUUUCAACGUCACCAUGGCCUGUUCAGGCUGCUCCAAUGCCGUCAACAGAGUGCUGACCAAACUCCCCGGCGUCCAGAACGUGGACAUCUCGCUCGAGAAACAAACCGUCGACGUCACCAGCGACCUCGACUAUGACACCGUGUUGCAGGCCAUCUCCAAGACCGGCAAAAAGGUCAACAGUGGAACCAUUGUGAGCGCUUAA